AUGGGGAAGCAAAGCAAACCACGAAAAUCAGAAAACAUCGGCAAAGGAAAGGUCACUCCGGUCCAAAUCGCAUUCAUCGUUGACCGAUACCUCUCUGACAACAACUUCACGCAAACUCGAUCCACUUUCCGUAAUGAAGCCUCGGAUCUCAUCUCCAAAUCCCCAGUUCAAGAGGCGCCGAAGAGUUUGUUAAGUUUGGGGGCAAUGUUGGAUGAGUACAUUUGUUUGAAGGAACAUAAAGUAUUUUUGGAUCAAGAAAAGUGCCGAUUGGAACACGAGAAAUUUCGGGUCCAAAAUCUGUUGCGAGGGAUGCAAGAUGUGAUGAAUCUUUACAAUGUUGGUGAAAUUGUUAAUCCCCCUCCUACGGCUCUGUCAUCAAUGCCUAAAACGGCGGCUGUUGUUCCUCAGAUUGACCAAGCUAUUGUGUCUUCUGCAGGUUUACCUAUGUUCAGCACUCCAGUUGUGGUGUCAACAUCCAGAGCCUCCAACACUAACACAGAUACCCCAAAUUUUUCUACUCCAAUUACACAUCAUACUAUUUCAGCAAGAAAAAGGGGCUUAAAAGAUGUUUCAGAUGCCGCUGUACCGGCAAAGAGGUCACGUUCUCGCAAAUCCACAGGACAGUUGCCGGUCACAGGUUCUGUUCCACUACCAAGCAAUGCAGCCAAUACGCGAGAAACUGCUCUGCAGUUUUCUGCAGUUCAGUCAUCUCCCAAUGACAAUGUCACUAAUGGGUCACCAAUUCAAGGAUCCAGUGUAGCCAAGUGUUUGUUCAAUCAGUCUACUAAAUCAUUUCCUACUAAUUCAUCCGGUCCUAAAACACCUCCACGAGCAACUUCCUCUCAAGCUGAAAAAUCUGUUUCCCCAGUGGAAAUUUCUUCUACUGCUACUUCCAGCAAAGAUGUUACUCCCCAACUAGUCGCAUCCACCAAUUACAUGGUAAUCUCUUCAGAGACCAUUAAAGUGAGCCCUGUCAAGCACAUAUCAUGCUAUACAAUAGAGAAAAAUCAUUGCAUUUCUACUUCUUCGCCAGUAAAGACAACCUUCAAGAGGCUCAGCAAGAGGGAUAAUGUAAAAGGAAGGCUAGAUUUUGAUGUUCCUGACAUGCCAAUGAACUCAGAGAAACCACUAUCUGAUGGCAUAUCAGUUUCUGAGUCUGACAAGGAAGCAGAUGUGUUUGACAUGGAUUUGCCUAAUUUAGAUGCUUUGGGAGUGGAUUUCUCCUUUUCUGACCUGUUGGUUGAUUUUGAUUUUGGUGGUGAGGGAAUUAAUUAUUCUUUUGAGCAAGCCAUGGAUUCUUCUCCAGACUCCCUUACUGGGUCACCAGACGUACUGGGGAAUGAUUCUAUGGGUGCUAAUAAGGUAAUGUCAGAGUUUUCAUCCACUGUAACUGAAAUCCUUUCAGAGAAAGACAUGAAUGUACCAGGCCCAGAUUCCAUGACCUCUGUGAAGUCCAUAACCAAAUGUAUAAAGAUUUUAAGUCCAGUGAAGUAUCACACAAGUCCUUCAAAUCAGGAGAAUUUGUUGACAAGAAACUGACUGGGUUAACAUUACGGAUGACAUUCUACUCUGACAUAGUACUAACACAGUACUCACCACCAAAGCUAAACUGACCUAUCUGCCGGAACCAAUGAUGUUUCUUGUCUAAGACUGGACUAAUUUCUCUAGGAUUACCGUUAAUCUCAGAUGAAUGUUCUGCUUAAUAUACCAACUGAAUUUUUAUGAGGAU